AUGCCGACCCAGAGGGACAGCAGUACCAUGUCUCACCCGAUCGCAGGCGGCGGCAGCGGGGACCAUUCUCAUCAGGUCCGGGUGAAAGCCUACUACCGCGGGGAUAUCAUGAUCACACAUUUUGAACCUUCAAUCUCCUUUGAGGGGCUUUGCAGUGAGGUUCGAGACAUGUGUUCUUUUGACAAUGAGCAGCUUUUCACCAUGAAGUGGAUAGAUGAGGAAGGAGACCCUUGUACAGUGUCAUCUCAGUUGGAGUUAGAAGAAGCUUUCAGGCUUUAUGAGCUGAACAAGGAUUCUGAACUCUUGAUUCAUGUCUUUCCUUGUGUCCCGGAACGUCCUGGAAUGCCCUGUCCAGGAGAAGAUAAAUCCAUCUACCGCAGAGGUGCACGCCGCUGGAGAAAGCUUUAUUGUGCAAAUGGCCACACUUUUCAAGCCAAGCGUUUCAACAGGCGUGCCCACUGUGCCAUCUGCACUGACCGAAUAUGGGGACUCGGACGCCAGGGGUAUAAGUGCAUCAACUGCAAACUCCUGGUUCAUAAGAAGUGCCACAAACUCGUCACAAUUGAAUGCGGGCGGCAUUCUUUGCCACCGGAGCCUAUGAUGCCCAUGGAUCAGUCUUCUAUGCAUUCAGACCAUGCACAGACAGUAAUUCCGUAUAAUCCUUCAAGUCAUGAGAGUUUGGACCAAGUUGGUGAAGAAAAGGAGGCAAUGAACACCAGGGAAAGUGGCAAAGCUUCGUCCAGUUUAGGUCUUCAGGAUUUUGAUUUGCUCCGGGUAAUAGGAAGAGGAAGUUAUGCCAAAGUACUAUUGGUACGAUUAAAAAAAACAGAUCGUAUUUAUGCAAUGAAAGUUGUGAAAAAAGAGCUUGUCAAUGAUGAUGAGGAUAUUGAUUGGGUACAGACAGAGAAGCAUGUAUUUGAGCAGGCAUCCAAUCAUCCUUUCCUUGUUGGGCUGCAUUCUUGCUUUCAGACAGAAAGCAGGUUGUUCUUUGUCAUAGAGUAUGUAAAUGGAGGAGAUCUAAUGUUUCAUAUGCAGCGACAAAGAAAACUUCCUGAAGAACAUGCCAGAUUUUACUCUGCAGAAAUCAGUCUAGCAUUAAAUUAUCUUCACGAACGAGGGAUAAUUUAUAGAGAUUUGAAAUUGGACAACGUAUUGCUGGACUCUGAAGGACACAUUAAGCUCACUGACUAUGGCAUGUGUAAGGAAGGAUUACGGCCAGGAGACACAACCAGCACUUUCUGUGGUACUCCCAAUUACAUUGCUCCUGAAAUUUUAAGAGGAGAAGAUUAUGGUUUCAGUGUGGACUGGUGGGCGCUUGGAGUGCUCAUGUUCGAGAUGAUGGCAGGGAGGUCUCCGUUUGAUAUUGUUGGGAGCUCUGAUAACCCCGAUCAAAACACAGAGGAUUAUCUCUUCCAAGUUAUUUUGGAAAAACAAAUUCGCAUACCGCGUUCUCUAUCUGUAAAAGCUGCAAGUGUCCUGAAGAGUUUUCUCAACAAGGACCCAAAGGAACGAUUGGGUUGUCAUCCUCAAACAGGAUUUGCUGAUAUUCAGGGACACCCAUUCUUCCGAAAUGUUGAUUGGGAUAUGAUGGAGCAAAAGCAGGUGGUACCUCCCUUUAAACCAAAUAUUUCUGGGGAAUUUGGUUUGGACAACUUUGAUUCUCAGUUUACUAAUGAACCUGUCCAGCUCACUCCAGAUGAUGAUGACAUUGUGAGGAAGAUUGAUCAGUCUGAAUUUGAAGGAUUUGAGUAUAUCAAUCCUCUUUUGAUGUCUGCAGAAGAAUGUGUCUGAUCCUCAUUUCUCAACUAUGCAUUUUGCUCGUGUUGCCAUUUAAUGCAUGGAUUCACUUGUUACCAGCCUGGAUACAUUUCAUAUUUGCCACCGACAAAAAAGCACUCAGUAUCUUCUGUUGUUGUCUGUAAGAGUCAAUUACUACAUCCAAGUUUAACUGAAAAAAAAUUGAAACUGGUUUCCAGACAAUUGUGUCAAAAUUAGUUACACUCGUAAUCCAGCAGCCUACUGAUGAGUAAUGAAAGUGUCCUUUUCAUUUAAGGGAAAUACUUACCACUGCUUUUAAAAAGAGUGUUGCAUUAUUAAGGCACAUGAUGGAAUUGCAUCUAAGCCUCGCAUAAUUUUUAUCAUUCUUCCUUUAAGUCAUUUAAAUGUUUAAUUUUGGAAUAAAAGAUUAAUUCAAAAUAUAACAACUUGUUAUGUUAACUAUUGGUUUCUGAGUUCUUUGUGUUUAAAACUUUAGCUGUAGUUUUAUCAUUGCCUUGGAUAAUUAAAAUAUUGAUUUUUAAGGCAACAUUUUAUUAAAUUGAUUGGUAAUAAAAGGUGUUGCUUGCUUAGAAUUAGGGAAUACAGAUUCUCCUUGAGGAAUAAAAUAGGCAUCUUUUAUUAAGGAUCGGAUUCCAGAUCAUUAGCUGUCAUUGAAAAACUGAUGCAGAUGAUUUCUUUAGGAUAUCAAGGGAUGGGCUUCUCAGCUUGUCUCUUCAGCCAGAACUUUAACUGGAAUGUUAGCAAAUGUUGUUCAGAGGAUCCGGAUGCAAUUGAAUGGAAAAUUUCUCAGUAUGUAAAAAGGGAAAAAUAGAAAUUUAAAAUAGAUCCAAAAAAGUGCAAUGGUACUAUUUAUUUCUUAUUCGAGAGUAAAUCCCGCAGCUGUUUUUUGGUGAUUUGAUUUAAAUAAUGAGGCACUCGCUUGUUACCAAACUUGUAAAAGCAUUCCAUUUAUCCAGUGGAGACAGAAUGUAUACUAUUUUUUCCUUAUAAUUUAGUAUACAGGAAAGAAUUCAUCUUCUGAAUAGUGUGUUAACCAUGAUUGUUUCUUCCCCCAAACCACAUUAGCCAUACUUUUGGACCCUAAUUUAUGGAGUCUUCAGUAAAAUCCAAGAAAAGUAAUAAAGUAAACGUGAAUAAAUGUCCAGGGCACACACAUACACUCACACACGUCACAGUUCCAGCUCCUUCGGUGAGUUUUUGUUAAGUAGGCAACACAUGGAAUACAGAGUAGAUCCGUUUCAGGGGCCAAGUUCUUCAGAUUAUUUUUUAUUAAUAUUAGUGGUUAGCAAUUUAUUAUUUAAAGGGAUGUCAGAGAUAGCAUUCUUCUGUUUAAAUAUUUUUUUAUGAAAAGGGACUUACAGAGUAACAUAAUCAUUUAAAUUACUUACACUUGCCCAAUCUUAGUAAAAUUUAAUUUAGAGGGAAGCUAUCUAGUCUUAAAUUUAGAAUGAUUUAAAAUUUGUAGGCAUUUAAUAAAUUAUAUAUAUAUAUAUAUAUAUUUUGGAUGCUAUGUUUCAUUAGAAAUGUAAUUUUUCCAGUUUCCGGCCAUGUACUCAUUUUUUCUUCACAUAACUAAGUCUGAAAGCAAUGAAAAUCUCAAAGGAAAAUAUUAAUAUACAUUCAUAUGUUUAUUUAAGAUGUAUAUAUGUUUCUCUUAAUACCUGAAACUUAUUUUAAAACAAAAAGCAGUAUUCACUUCAAAUCGUAAACUUCUAGAAAAUUCUGACAUCUUAUGUCAGAAAUAUGUUUAUGAUCUUGCUUUUAAGUGGUGCUGUUUUCCCUAGGGCAUUAGUUCUCAAAUUUAAAAUGUAGAAUGAUCACCUAGGAAGUUUGUUUAAAAUGCACAUUACUGAGCCCACCUUAGAAUUCUCUUGGGGCUUUGGACCUCAUUUUGAGAAACACUUUCUUUGAGUUAUUCUUUUACUUCGUCUUGUUAAAUAUUAGAGUGAAGAAUCACGGUAAAACAUUCUGAGCAGGGGUAGACAUUGAGCCACGAUCUUACCUACACUUUUAAAUCAAUUUUGAAUGAAUGACUUCUUCAAGUUUGAUGUCCUCUCAGAAAAAAGAAAUCCAUCAGGUUUUUAUCAAUAAUGUUACAAAAGACAAGCAUUUUUCUGUGAUGAUGUUUUAACCAUUAUUCAGGGUGGUCUUUUGUUUUUAAAUCUUUUUUUUUUAACUAAUAAGAUUUACUGUAUAUAUUUUAUACAGAAUUACAUUACAAAAACGUUUUUAAUUAUGUUCUGUCUUUUGUAGUUUUUAAGUGCCACGCCAGUUCUUUUAUAUUAGAUAGAAGUUUGCUCACAGUACUUGCCAGGGGAAGAAGACAGUUGACAGAAUGGCUGGAAUUUUGGUAUUCUGAGAAAAAAAUUUUGCAUAAGCAUGUGGUCAGAUCAUUUUAUGUGUAUGCAGCCUGAAUUGGAUAUCAGGUAUUUAGCUUGUUUAGUGUCUGUACAUUUACUUUUUAAAUUUGAUUUUGAUUUUUGUCAUGUAGAAUACUGCCUUGGUCAUCAUAAUGUAAUCUGUCUUUGUGUACCUUUUUUUUAACUUUAAAAUCUCUAAAUAAAAUGUUUAAUACUCA